UUGACAUUUACUACUCUAUUCUCUCAGCCAUAUGUUCUGUCGCGUCUGUCAUGUACUAAAAGGUGAAAAAUAUAACUAAAUAUACUGAUUAUUGAACAAAAAUUGUGCAUCAGUUUUCACGUAAUUUUCGGUAAAAAAUGUCGAUGCUAAUUCGGUUGGCUAAUCGCAGCAUGCUGCAACGUAGCAUGGCAUUAAGCCUAUCGCGUUCCAUCAAAACCUCCCAGAAAAAAGACGACACUGCAGCCGUCAUUACACCAAGCAGUAAAGAGGAUUUUGCCAACCCCAACCCAAAAAACUGGGUGAGCUAUGGAUUCGACUAUAAAGAUGAAACCAAUGAUCGCAAUACCACGAAACUAAGUUUUUUCACAGCUGUGACACUUUGUUUGGUUUGGGGUACUUUUCUAUGGUCUUAUUCGCCAGAUCCACAGCUGCGUGACUGGGCGCAACGUGAAGCCUAUCUAGAGUUGCGUCGUCGGGAACAGGCAGGAGUCGAUCUAGUAAAUCCCAACUAUGUGGAUCCAGCAUCAUUUAAUCUGCCAUCGGACGAAGAAUUAGGCGAUGUGGAAAUUAUUAUUUAAUUUUAUAUGCAUAAUUAAAUUUGUAUCAAAACCAUUUCAUUUGUGUAAGCAAAAUACAACUUUUUAGCUGUUAUGUAAUUUGAAUGGCGUUGCUGCUAGAACAGUGUUCGAAAAUAAACUUAAAUAAUACUUUCAAGGAAGUCGCCUAAAAAGCAAAAUAAAGUGGAAAAUAUUUUACCUAAUAAAUAAUGUAUAGUAUAAAAUCGAA